GGCAGGUGCUAGGGAGGACCCUUCUAGCGAGCGACCGCCGGCAGGAACAAGGGAAUUGGCGUGGCCGUCAGCUGUAAAAAUGAUUCCAUUCACCCAUCCAGACCUCGGGACCUGAUGGGGGUGUGCUGCACGCCAAGCCCUAGAGACGCACCAAAAGUCCAAGGCCGGGGCCCAAAAACUGGGGUACUGCCUGCUUAUGUAAUUGCAUCUGGAAUUUUUUUGAACUUUGAACUUCCUAUCAAGCUCCCAUCUCCAGAUUGACUCGCAUGCGCCCAGAGCAGUAAUACUCACAACCAUCUCAUCAUGGCACCCACCGCGACCGCAAACGAAUCUCCUGCUCCCGUCGAUGCCGAUUUUUCUAUGAAUGACGCUGCCGACUUCGACCAGCCGAUCGAGAGAGACGAGAAUGACCCCGCCAACCGUGGCUGGUUGCAAGGUGCCCAUAGCAUCAAGACAGUAAGAUCGCCGUCUGUCAUCGAUUCAUUGAAGUAUCUUCUAAAUAUCGAUCUACUAGCUGCCUGGAUCUUCGGAAACUGCCGCCUCUUUCCAAUUUGUAAAAGAAGAUCAUACUUUGGGAAAUGCUUUGCGCUAUAUUAUUAUGAAGAAGUAUGUUGUUUUAUACACCCGCAUAAUGUUUUCGCAUACAGCAGGCGAGAGUCGAGAGAAUAUUCUGGUUGCUAACACACGUUGUAUAGUCCCGAUGUUGAGUUCUGCGGUUACUCCAUUCCUCAUCCAUCAGAAGAACUCAUGAACAUCCGCAUUCAAACUUAUGGUUGGUACCACGCUAGUUUCGCAAUCCGGAGAUUAACAUUAUUUUAGAAGGAACAGCCCUCGACGCCCUCGAGAAAGGUUUGUCGGAUCUAAUAGCACUAUGCGACGAGGUAUCGGCCAAAUAUGUGGGAGCGCGAGAAGCUUUCCAGUCUCAAGUGGCGGCGGUCUAGCAUAUCGCGGACAACGAAUAUCAAUUGCAUUACGAGGCGUCAAGGCAUUCAAAACUAUGGAGUUUGAUUUGAGGUUCAUUUGGGAUAUGUACAGGCUAUGAAAAAGGACGGCAAUUGACAUGGCUUAGUUGCGGCCCUGCUGGCGUUAGUGGAUGUGGACUUUGGGAGGAGUACAGAAUCAUUUACCUCAAGGAAACCAGAAAUGAAAUUUUGUGGAAGUCUUGCAGCUGGGUCUUCGUCCGCUCUGAAGUACUUGAGAAUGUGAGGA